AUGGCACUUAAUAUGAAUAAUAAGAAACUUCUUACCUCCCAAAUUUUACCCGAAGUAGAAAUAAGUAUUAAUCCAAACGGAAUAACAAUCUCAAGUGCCCGUUUACUACCACCUCGAUUUAUUCCUUAUGACCAAGGCGGUAAAUGUCGUGAAUGUAAAAGCACAGAAGUGGAAUUAGAUUUUGUUGUGACAAAGGAAGGAAUUACAAUUUAUUGUACUCGCAUUUCAGGAACACGUUUUGUACCAUUUGAUAUCGUAUAUGACCUGCCGGGAAUCUGUUUCUUUAAGAUCAAAAACAAAGGCCGUGUAUUCAAUAUUCCACAUAAUUCAAUUCAACCUUCACAAACUAAACCACAACAACCCUGCAAAAACCAAAUUAAAUCUGAAACACAAGAAACCCCACUUCAAAAUUCUGCUCCACCGCGAAAACGUUCAAAAACUACAAAUGAAAAUGCCGAACAAAAAGAGAAAAAUAUAUUAGAUGAGUUUUUUGAUAGUCUUGAUGCAGCAACAACAGGGAUUCAGUCAGAUAAAAUAAAUAAUUUAAAGAAACAGGCUAUUAACAUGAAAGAAGAAGAAGACGCAGCUAUAGAAUCAUUAUUUAAGUGA